AUGGAUUGUACGGUAUUGGAGCACGACGCCGUGAAGUUUGCAAAAUCGGCAGUGUUGUUUGACCAGAAGGGAAAGUAUAAUGAGGCCGUAUUUUUCUAUAAGGAGGCAGCUCAAGCGCUCAUAUAUGCUGGCAUGGCAGGAUCCAAACUGGAAGGCAUUCAGGACAAAGUGAACGAAUACUUGGACAGAGUACAGGCUCUUCUCAGUGCUGUUCAAGCACAGAGUACUGACCCUUUGAAAACCAAGCAUCAGUUGGACUUGGAGCGGGCUUACUUUCUGGUGACACAGGCCUUUGAGGAGGAUGAGAAAGCCAACAGCGAUGAGGCUAUUGAGCUCUACACGCAGGCUGUGGAGCUGUGCAUACAAGCGUCUAAUGAGACUACAGAUCAAGCACUACAGGGCAAACUGAAGCAGCUAGCUCGUCAGGCGCUAGACAGGGCAGAAGGACUGAAAAACGCCCUGACAAAAUCCAGCACGCCCCAGGACAAGCCUUCCUCCUCAGCAUCCAAACCUGCUGCCCAGGUGAAGCAGUACCUGCCCCUGGGGCCAGACUUCACCCUUCAUGACCGGCCACAGCCUGUCAGAGCCGUGCAGUCCAGUGAGCCUCAGGGCCAGCGUUACACUGCCGAGGAGAUAGAGGUGCUCAGGACCACCUCUAAGAUAAAUGGCAUUGAAUAUGUGCCAUUCAUGAAUGUUGACUUGAAGGAGCGCUUUGCCUUUCCUGUUCCAUUUUCGGACAAACGUGGGAAGCUGGCUCUUUCCCCCAAACAGAAAGCCAUUUUCUCUCGUUGGGUGCGGCCCGAUGACAUCUGCAAUAACCCCACUAUGAUCUUCACUGUGUCCAGCUUCAGCAUCAAACAGACUGUAGUAUCAGACUGUUCAUUUGUGGCCUCACUGGCUAUCAGUGCCGCAUAUGAGAGAAGAUUCAACAAGAAACUAAUCACGAGCAUUAUCUACCCUCAGAAUAGAAGAGGAGAGCCAGAGUAUAACCCCUGUGGGAAGUACAUGGUCAAACUGCACAUCAACGGUGUGGCCAGAAAGGUGAUUAUAGAUGAUUUUUUGCCAGUGGACCGUAAUGGUGAGCUGCUCUGUUCCUACUCAAGCAACCGAAAUGAGCUGUGGGUCUCACUAAUAGAGAAGGCUUAUAUGAAAGUCAUGGGAGGGUACGAUUUUCCAGGCUCCAACUCAAAUAUUGAUCUCCACGCUCUCACUGGCUGGAUCCCAGAACGUAUUGCAAUGCACUCUGACAAUCAGUCCUUCAGCAAGGAUGACGUCUUCCGCAUGCUUUACCAGAGGUUUCACAAGGGAGACGUGCUUAUCACUACAGCAACAGGGGUAAUGACUGAGGAGGAGGGUGAGAGGUGGGGCCUGGUACCCACACACGCUUACGCUGUUCUGGAUAUCAGAGAAUACAAGGGAAAACGCUUCCUGCAGCUAAAGAAUCCUUGGAGCCAUCUCAGGUGGAAAGGCCGUUACAGCGAAAGGGAUGAGAAAAACUGGACUCCAGAUCUACUGAAGUACCUCAACUUUGACCCCAAAACUGCUCAGAAGUUUGAUAACGGGGUAUUCUGGAUUAUCUGGGAAGACCUGUGCCAAUACUAUGACGUCAUUUACUUGAGCUGGAAUCCUAGUCUUUUCAAGGAGUCUUCCUGCAUUCAUAGUAGCUGGGAUGCAAAACAAGGGCCAGUCAAGGAUGCCUAUAGCUUGGCCAAUAACCCUCAGUACAAGCUGGAGAUACAAUGUCCACAGGGAGGCGCUGCAGUCUGGGUACUGCUCACCAGACACAUCACUGACAAGGAUGACUUUGCUCAAAAUCGGGAAUUCAUCACCUUAGUUGUUUACAAGACUGAUGGAAAGAAAGUGUACUAUCCAGCCGACCCACCGCCCUAUAUUGAUGGUAUCAGGAUCAAUAGCCCCCACUACCUAACCAAAAUAAAGCUGACCAGUCCUGGCACUCACACCUUUACUCUAGUGGUGUCCCAGUACGAAAAGCAGAACACUAUCAACUACACGCUACGGGUGUACUCUGUGUGCAAGUUUAAUUUCUCCAAAAUACCAUCACCCUUCACACAUAACAAAAGGAUAAAUGGUCAGUGGAAGGGGGCCAGUGCAGGGGGAUGUGGAAAUUAUAAGGACUCAUACAAACACAACCCAAUCUAUCAGUUGAACCUGGAGAAAUCAGGUCCCCUGCUUGUCGAGCUUAGAGGCUCCAGGCAGUACAGUGUGGGCUUCGAGGUUCUGACCGUAUCCACAGUUGGAGAGCCAGGACCGUCGGGCUUCCAGAGAAAAAGCAGCGGAGAUUACCGAUGUGGGUUCUGCUACUUGGAGUUGGAGCACGUCCCUGCCGGCAUCUACAAUGUCAUCCCCACCACCUUCUUGCCCAAACAGGAGGGGCCUUUCUUCUUGGACAUCAGCAGUGCUUCUCCACUGCGAGUGUCUCAGCUCCAGUGAGGAAGAGCUCGCCUCUCUCAGGCUGGGGGAGGGGGAGCACAGCCCAGCUGGAUCCUUGGAGACUGUCCCAGUUUUCCUCGCAGCACGUCUGCUGUGGACCCGGGUCACUUCUGAUGUCACUGCUCCAUAAAAUGAUUUCUAAUCUUUGGCUUGUGGUGGAAGACAUUACUGUUUACCAAAAAAGACUGAAUACAACCGAAUGAUGUGUUUACCAGAGCUACCAGUAGUUUGGCCAUAUCUCUUUGCCAUAACAUAUAUUUGAGAUGUGGUCUCAGUGAGUAUUUUCAGAGCGUUCUUGUGUCUGAAGUGCAUGUAAACAGUGAUCAGAUAUACACAGUUUUACUUUUUUGGCUGCUCAGAACUGUCGAUGUGAAGGAGUCGGCACAUGUGCACUUGACACAGACAAAGACAUUUUUAUUUUGACUCAGGAGACAGCAAGAAAACAAUGAUUUAUUUUCUUUAUUGUAUCUUAAUGAUGUAUUUUGAUAGCGUGCAAGACUGCGGAUCUGCAAAGCCGUGCCUGAUGCACUGAGAGGUAACUGACUUUUUCAAAGGGCUUUUCCCAGAGUCAUGUCAAUGUUCUGUCUAUGCCAGCUGGAUGACUUUAAGUUCAGAACUGCUCUCCUCAGCAGAGUCCGAAUCUGUUCAACCUCUCUGCAACCAAAAAGGCAUUAACACACUCGCCUUUUGCAAACACCCUUUCACUUCAAAGAUUUAUCAGCACCUCUUGGGUAAUGGAUUGCCUCGCCAUUACCCUUGUGUUUUUCUGUCCUUAACAAUGUGUGACAGAAUGUUGGCCACAUCAAUAAUGUAAAAAACAAUCAACAAGACGGUGCAAGAUACUGUAUGUGUGUAAGGUACUGUGUUCUCACGACCAUUUUAUUUCUUAAAGAUGA